AUGGGAGUCGUAAAGCUCAGGGUUGCUAUAUGUGGAGGAGGAAUCGCUGGCCUUGCUCAUGCAUGUGCUUUAGCUAGAUACCCGGACGUUUCUGUCAAUAUCUAUGAGUCCACAGACAAAUUCUCUCCGUUCGGUGCUGGUAUCGGGGUUUGGCCUCGAGCGUGGAACGUACUUUGUGCACUUGGAUUGGGUGAGGAUAUGGCAAAGAUUACUUCGGGCUCCCCUUCGAGUAGUCCAGUGCAAAGUUUUUCCUUUAGAAAGAGCGAUCAACCGAGUGGGUUCACGUUUGGAAACAUGUUCAGUCGCGGACCGCUGUUGACUUUUCAUCGGGCACAAUUUCAAGAAGUCCUUGUUCAACAUUUACCUCCAUCUUGUCGAAUUCAUCAUUCCAAACGAUUGAAGUCUUAUUCCCAAGGCCGACUCGGGUAUCCUAUUCGUCUUUUGUUUGAAGACGGCACAUAUGCUACUUGCGACGUCUUGGUAGGCGCAGAUGGGAUCAAGUCAGCCGUCCGAAAUUGUCUUCUUCAAGACCAGACUGAGAUAGCUCGUGAAAGUGGACAACCUACAGAUGAGCAGAAGACGCUAACUUGUAAAGACCAUGUGUCCUGGGCAGGAUCGAUUGCUUAUCGUGCCCUUAUACCCGUGGAGAGAUUAAAAGAAGAUUGUGACCAGGGAUUAUUGACCCUUCCGAUGACGCCAACUAUGCAUAUGGUUGUCUAUCCAGUCUCAAAAGGAAAAGAAGUGAACCUUGCUCUUUUUCAUUUCCGACCAGAGUUGCAGGGUAUGCCCUUUCACGGACCUUGGAGUAGGGGAGUUGAAGAAUCAGAGCUUUUCGAAAUCGCUCAACCCACUAAGUGGGCGAUACAUACGGUAGUUGACCUGCCUACCUUUACAUCAGGGCGCGCGGUUCUCAUAGGAGAUGCAGCGCACAGCUGCAGUCCACAUCAGGGAACUGGAGCAGGACAAGCCAUCGAGGAUGCAUAUUUCCUGGCUGAGCUAUUGGGUGAUCCGAGAACGACACUGAAUACAGUUCAGCAAGCUCUCAAAGUUUACGAUAAGUUUCGACGACCAUGGACACAAGACGCAAGUGCGAAGGCUAUGGCUAAUGGUCGCUAUUUUACUUUGCACUACGAUGGAUUUGACUUCGUGCAUGCGGACGCAACGGCCGUCGUACAAAAGCUUCAUGAGUUAUCUGAUGUUAUGAUUGAUGAGUGGAAGUGGUGUUGGACUACCACCGUGGAGGACUCACUCAAAGCCGCUCUUUCGCAGUUGCAAUACGCCUAA